AUGCGCAACGGCAGCUGGGGACUGCGCGCACCCGCGUGGCUGAUGCUGCGCCCGGCCGGCGCUGGCGGCGCAGACGCUGUGCGCAGACUCUUCCACAGACCUCAUACCGCGCGCGGCGGCGUUGGAUGUCGCAGGGUGAGCGUGCCGGCGGACUCGCUGGUGCUGGCGCCGGCGUGGAGCCGCGGCGAGGGCGGAGGCGGUGCAGAGCGAGGGAGGCGACUGGAGAUGGUGGAGGGCUACCGCGCGGGCGCGGUGCGCAUGCGCGUGUGGGGGCGCUGGGAGACUGCGCGCGGCCGCCUGCACGUCGUCCACGACCCCGUCCCAGCCCGCGGCCUGGCCGUGCUGCGCCGCCGCGCCGCCGCCGGAUUCACCGGCAUGGUGGUGCUCGCGCGCACGCUCAACAAUCCUCCAUUUACGUUGGUGAAAUGGUUAGGACAAGAUACAAGAGUCAGAGGCUUCAUCGGUGAUGUAUGGGAUGCUCUGGAAGGAAGUCUAAAUUUUACUUUUUACUUUUCUUACGACCCCAGACCCCUUUUCCUCAAUACUCAACAUGAUGCGGUGCGGAGGGUUGUUGCAGCGUCUUCUAGACAAAGCGCGGAGAAAGAAUUUGCCCCCGGUGGAAAACGUAAUGCCCGAAGUGAUCAUGGAGAAUAUAAACCCACUUCUCGUGGCAUGCGCUCUGAUUCAAGGAUUAGCUGUCGUUCUACUUUUGUUAGAAGUGGCUUACUACCGAAUCAUAAUCGCAGUGAGAAA